AUGUCAUUCCAGCUCGAGACCAAUCUGGCACGCGCGAUUCACAUGCAGCAAGUCGCUACCGGAGCAACUCACGAUAGUAUUCGUGAUACCACUGUGGCCGCACUGCGACUUAUCCAGCAGCGAUUCGAGCGUGGGGACUAUGAGCUUCCCAGAGCAACGAGAAACUUCGAGCGACAGCUCACCCUGGCAAUUCUCAUGGAACAAGAGACCAGAAACCUCGGCCUCAAUGCGCUGAUUAUACGUACAACGACAGCUUGGGGUCGCAUCUCUGGUCGCCUUGAGCGAGGCCUCACCCCCUUUCCCGAGCCUUACCAUGUCAUUGCCGACGACGGAGAUGAUGAUGUCCCAAUUGAAGAGCGUCUUCGCAGAAUGGGACUCGAUCCCAACAGCUUCGACCUUACCGGCAUCCGCUCUGGUGCCCCGCACAGCUCUAACAACAGCAACAACGUUGCCCCGACUCAGCCUCAGACUGACAUGAGUUCCACCAUUGGUACAGGAGGAUUCAUCUCCAGUCAAGCUGCUGUCCUUGCUCCCGCUUUUGCUGCUUCUGCCCCCGCAAUCGUCCAAACAGGCAAAGCUGCUGUGACUGGGAAGCGCCGGGACCGAAAGCGCGGCAAAGAUAUGUACGGGUGCGAUGUCUGCAAUCAGGAGAAGAAGUACACCUCUGCAUGCACUCUCUACAGACACAAGAAGAGUAAGCACGGCAUUCCCACACCCGGAGACGUCCGAAAGGAGAGGAAGCUGGCUGCAGAGGCGGCUCUUGCAGCUCAGGAUGAUGCUGAACAGGCGGAUGGUGUCGGAGAGGAUGAAGACGCAGAGGCGGAUGAGGAGAUUGAUGAGACUAUGAACGAGGAUACCGGAUACGAGAGGGACUUGGAGUGA